AUGGCCGCCUCCACCAUGUCUGUCUGCUCUGACGCUUGCACCAACUCCUCCUGGCAGGUGGAUGACUGCCCAGAGAGCUGCUGUGAGCCCUGUGGCUGUGUCCCCAGCUGCUGCCAGCCCAGCUGCUGUGUUCCUUGCUGUGUCCCCAGCUGUUGCCAGUCCAGCUGCUGUGCCCCCAGCUGCUGUGCCCCAGCUCCCUGCCUGACUCUCAUCUGCACCCCAGUGAGCUGUGUGUCCAGCCCCUGCUGCACACCCUCAUGCUGCCAGCAGUCUAGCUGCCAGCCAGCUUGCUGCACCUGCUCCCCCUGCCAGCAGUCCUGCGGUGUGACCCUUUGCUGCAAGCCUGUCUGCUGUGUGCCGGUCUGCUGUGGUGCUUCCUCUUCAUGCUGCCAGCAGUCUAGCUGUGAGCCCUCUUGCUGCACCUCCUCCUCUUGCCAGCAGCCCUGCAGUGUGACCCUUUGCUGCAGGCCUGUGUGCUGCACACCCAUCUGCUCUGGCUCCUGCUGCCAGCAGUCUAGCUGCCAGUCCUCCUGCUGCCAGCCCUCCUGCUGUGCUCCUGUGUGCUGCAAGCCUGUGUGCUGCAAGCCCUGCUCCAGCCUGUCCCUGCUGUGCCGCCCUGUGUGCAGACCUGCCUGCUGUGUGCCCACCUCCUCCUGCUGUGCCUCCUCCUGCCAGCCCAGCUGCUGUCGCCCAGCCUCCUGUGUGUCCCUGCUGUGCCGCCCUGCCUGCUCCAGACAGGCCUGCUCAGGACAGAAGUCCACCUGCUGA